GGAUAUUAAGUGAAUGAAAAAAAUUGCCAUAACAGUCAGUCCCGAGCGAUCCUUUCUGCCGUAAUCGAUAAAAAUUGCUGGUUUUAUUGCUGAGGCUGUCGCGAAAAGGAGAGUGAUUUUGCCUUUUCCAAUGCUGAUAGAUCGAAAUCUAGUCUAUCAACUAAAAUUAGCGAUGUCGCGAUUGACGCAUGCCGGUAUUGCCACUUUUGAAAUUGUUUGUAACAUAAAAGAAGUAUUAACUUUUGUACCGAUGGCAUACGAAACAACGCACUGUCGCACCGUCGAAUGAAACGCAAGCAUCUUAUACCAUCUUAACCCCUCAAGAGCGCAAAGGCAAAGCGUUAAACGCGUCUUGGAUAUUCGGCAAGCGACAUGGUCGAUGACGAGAGGGAGCAAAUGUUCAAGGAAUACGACGAGAUACUGGACGGCCUGAAGACCACGUUCAUGGGGAAAUGGAAGACGAAGAAGGAGGACAAUUUGACGAUAGAUGACUUUGAACGUUUCCGUACCCUCGGUUGCGGCGCCUUCGGCCGCGUUAUUCUCGUCAAGUACAAAGCCACGUCCUCGUAUUACGCCAUGAAGGUUCUCGACAAACGGAAACUCGUGAAAAUGAAGCAGGUGGAUCAUACGCGCAACGAGAAACGAGUUUUGCAAAGCGUCAGCUUCCCCUUUACGGUCUUUAUGGAGUUUUGCUUCAAGGAUAACUCUUACGUGUACAUGGUGUUACCGUUCGUGCACGGCGGCGAGAUGUUCACCCACCUCAGACGCAUGGGAAAGUUCGACGAAUCCCUGGCGAGAUUCUACGCGGCACAAGUGGCCUUGGCGCUGGAAUACCUACACCACUGCAGCUUGGUAUACCGAGACCUGAAGCCGGAGAAUAUUCUGAUUCAGAGCUCGGGCUACAUCAGAGUGACCGACUUCGGUUUCUGCAAAAUGGUGGAGGGCCGCACGUGGACAUUGUGCGGCACGCCGGAAUAUCUGGCGCCGGAGAUCAUUUUGUCCAAGGGUUACGGCAGGUCCGUCGAUUGGUGGAGCUUCGGCGUGCUGAUCUUCGAAAUGAACGCGGGAUACCCGCCGUUCUACGCCCAGGACCCCAUCAAGAUCUACGAGAAGAUCGUCGCGGGCAAAUACAAGUUCGCCCAUCAUUUCGGUGAGGAGCUAAGGGACAUCUUGAAGAAUAUUCUCCAGGUGGACCUGACCAGGAGGUACGGCAAUCUCAAAAAUGGCAGCAUGGACAUCAAGCGGCACCGUUGGUUCCAGUCGAUCGACUGGGUUCAAAUCUAUCAGCAGAAAGUGCAGCCGAGCUACCUUCCUCAGUGCCGUAGCCUCAGUGACACCAGCAACUUUGAUCACUACGACGAAGAACCGUUCGAAAUUGACUCCACCGACUUCUACGCCAAAGAAUUUGCCGAAUUUUAGAGACAAGAGCUUUCGAUUCCUCGAGCUUUCGAUUUAGCUUUCGAUUUAGCCGCGCGACUUAUCUGUAGAUAAAGCACCGGGACGUGGACGUCUUAACGUGGAGUUUAUGUGCGGAUUACGUCGCGUUG